AUGUCUCUCCUUAACGAUCUCAUCAACAUCAAUCUCUCUGAUACUACAAAAAAGAUCAUAGCUGAAUACAUAUGGAUUGGUGGAUCUGGAAUGGACUUGAGAAGCAAAGCAAGGACUCUGUCAGGACCAGUGAGCGAUCCUGCCAUGCUUCCGAAGUGGAACUAUGAUGGGUCUAGCACAGGUCAAGCCCCUGGUGAUGACAGUGAAGUCAUUUUGUACCCACAAGCGAUAUUCAAGGAUCCAUUUAGAAAAGGAAACAACAUCUUGGUGAUGUGUGAUGCCUACACACCAGCUGGUGAGCCUAUUCCAACAAACAAAAGGUUUAAUGCUGCCAAGAUCUUUAGCAAUCCUGUUGUUGCCGCUGAGGCGCCAUGGUAUGGGAUUGAACAAGAAUACACUCUUCUCCAGAAGGACAUCAACUGGCCUCUCGGAUGGCCCGUUGGUGGCUUCCCUGGUCCUCAGGGUCCAUACUAUUGCGGCGUAGGGGCUGACAAAUCCUUUGGCCGCGAUAUUGUUGACGCCCACUACAAGGCAUGCUUGUAUGCUGGCAUCAACAUCAGUGGCAUCAAUGGUGAAGUCAUGCCUGGUCAGUGGGAAUUCCAAGUUGGUCCUUCUGUUGGGAUCUCUUCUGGUGAUGAAGUGUGGGUUGCUCGAUACAUUCUCGAGAGAAUUGCUGAAAUCGCCGGCGUUGUGGUUUCGUUUGACCCAAAACCAAUUCCGGGUGAUUGGAAUGGUGCUGGUGCCCACACUAACUACAGUACGAAGUCGAUGAGAAACGAUGGUGGAAUUGCUGUGAUCAAGAAGGCUAUUGAGAAGCUGAGUUUGUGCCACAAGGAACACAUAGCUGCCUACGGAGAGGGCAACGAGAGAAGGUUGACAGGUCGCCAUGAAACUGCUGAUAUCAACUCUUUCUCCUGGGGUGUUGCAAAUAGGGGAGCAUCUAUCCGUGUCGGCCGCGAUACUGAGAAAGAAGGAAAAGGUUACUUUGAAGAUAGAAGGCCAGCAUCCAACAUGGAUCCCUAUGUUGUUACAUCAAUGAUCGCUGAAACUACCAUUAUCGGGAAGCCAUAG